AUGUCCGUUAUUCCUAAGGGCCUCCCAACAGUAAAUACCAUUAGUAAACACAGCAUCACUGUUGUCCAAUGCAAUCUAGGACGGGGAAAUAAUGCCUUUCAAGAAUUGGUACAAUGUGCUAGAGACAAAGAGUAUGACAUCAUUUGCAUAACCGAACCGUUCAUCAGCAAGAAUAAAACAUCAGUUAAGGACAUAGACGGCUAUGAUCUGUACCAACACAGUGAUUCCAAUUAUAGAAAUAAAGCAUGCAUUGCUGUAAGGAAGAAGGUUGGAAAUUACAUCGGGCUAACUCAAUUUGAUACCACCAACUUCAUCGCUGCCGAAUUCACACUUAAUAGUAACAGGAAAUUACUGAUCUCCUCUGUCUACAUUGAGCCGGGUGAGGAUCCCUCACGCACGAUGAUGCACCUGGAACAAUAUCUCCAACAGUAUGCCAAUAGAGAACACAUCGUAUGCGGGGAUUUUAACGGGUGGCACACCACAUGGGGAUCUGCAAGAAAUAACGAUCGGGGUAAAGAAAUACAUGACCUGGCCAUCAACUACGACUUGAUUAGCUGUAACAUAGGCAAUGAGCCCACAUUUGAAUCAGUAUCACACGGCCAAAUUAGGCACUCCAUAGUUGACCUCACCUUUGCUACUCCACGCACAGCAAACAAUAUUUUGGACUGGAAAGUUAACAAUGAAAUUAUUCCAUCUUCUGACCACCACGGAAUUGAAUUUAAAAUCAAAAUGGACAACAUGCGGACGAAUAGGAAAAAAUCUACAUCAACAUACAAAUACCAGACUGAUAGAACAAAUUGGGACAAUUUCAAAACUAAACUUAAACAAAAUAUUGAGGCUAGCACUAUACUUACGACUGACAUAGACGAACUUGACAAUAAUGGACUUGAUAAGUAUAUAAAAGACAUGACCAAUGUUAUUCUGAAAACUUGUGACGCAACACUCACUCUUAAAAAACCAUACCAAAAGAUUCCGUGGUGGACACAAGAAUUGACAGAAAUGAAGAAAAAGGUUAUAUCGCUGCAUCACCGUUUACAAGACCUGAAACGGAGCAAAAAAGACAUCACCAAUAUACUAAAAGAACUUCAUGAUGCAAGAGCAGAAUACUCCAGCAAAAUACGAACAACUUCGACAGAUCAUUUCAGAGAUUUCUGCAGCCGCCAAGGAAAGGAUGAUGUUUGGUCCGUGACGAAUCGCCUUUUGAAGAGCACACCGCAGCCGCAACCACCUGCAACAUUAAAAACAGAUAAUGGUACUUACACAACAUCUAUCCUGGAUACUGCAGAGAAGCUCGCCGCAAAGUUCUUUCCCGUAGACGCUGCUGCCGAUGAUACUCCACACCACCUGCAAAUAAGAGAAACAGUUGUUAAUAAUAUAGUAAACCAUGAACCUGCAAUAGAAAAUAAUGAACCGCAAUUUACCACACAGGAAGUUUUAGAAAUCAUUAAAAAUAUGAGCCCUAAAAGGGCACCAGGGAUUGACCAUCUUACUGCCGACAUCUGCAAGCACUAUAUAGAAUAUUUCCAAUGUCCUACCAUAAAAGAAAUCUGCGCGCGGAAACAACCAGAAUACAGGAUGCUGCAUACCAAAGUUGCACAACAGGAGCACAUACCAAACAAUGGCUACCUACGUUAG